AUGUCACAAAAUGAAAUGCCUAUUGCACAACCAUUUGAACUGCCAUGUGGACUCAAAUUGUCUAAUAGAAUUGUCAAAGCAUCCAUGGAAGAGAUGCUCGGCAGUGAUGAUAAUCAACCUAAUGAAUAUAUCUAUCGUCUUUACGAGCGUUGGGCAAAAGGAUCAUUUGGUCUCAUAUUAACCGGCAAUGUUCAAAUCGAUGAACGCUAUCCAGGCUUCAUGACAGAUAUGAUGAUUCCAGGUCAAGAUAAAAUUGAUAUUGACAAAUGGAAACGGUAUGCAAAUGUUUGUCAAAGUCAUGGUACACCAACUAUUGUUCAAAUUAAUCAUGCAGGCCGUCAAUCACCUUCAGGCAAAAGACCGUUUAGAGAACCUUCAAUUGCUCCCAGUCCGGUUCCAUUAUCUAUUGGUAAUAAUAUUUUUGCUCGAACUUUACGACGUCUAGUCAUCUGCACACCUAAUGAAAUGACUCGGACUCAAAUCGAUGAGACUGUUUUGAAAUUUGUUGAAGCAGCAGAAAUCAUGGUUAAAGCAGGUUUUGCUGGUGUAGAACUUCAUGGUAGUCAUGGUUAUUUGAUUAGUAGUUUCUUAUCGCCAAAAACAAAUAGACGAAACGAUGAAUAUGGAGCAACACCAAAAGAUAGAAUGACAUUUUUAUUUCGAAUCGUUGAUGCUAUUAGAGCAAUCGUUCCUCAAACUUUUGCUGUCGGUGUUAAACUCAAUUCAGCUGAUUUUAGUACUGGUGGACUAACAGAAGAAGAAUCAUAUGAUCAAAUUCGAUGGAUUGAUGAACAUGGUGGUAUUGAUUUUAUUGAAAUUUCUGGCGGAACUUACGAAGCUCCUGCUAUGACUGGAUCUGAACACGAUACUCGAGCAGAACGAACUAAAAGACGAGAAGCUUACUUUAUUGAAUUUGCUGCCAAAGUUCGUAACACUACAAAGAUUCCUUUAAUAGUUACUGGUGGAUUUCGAACUCGUGAAGGUAUGAAUGAUGCUAUUCACUCUGAUGCAUGUGACUUUGUUGGUAUCGCUCGACCUGUUUGCAUUCAAUUUAAUUUACCACAAAUCUUACUCGAUCAAAAAAUUGCUGAUAAAGAUGCACGAGCAUUGCAAUAUGAUAUUAGAGGGAGUCAGUGUUUCAGUUAUAUACCAAUAACGGGAACUCGUUCAAGCGUCGGAAUUUUCUGGCACAAUUGGCAGAUGCAUCGAGUAGCUAUUGAAAAUCGAGAACCGGAUCCAACUCUUAGCAUAUACGGCAAACUAUUUAGUAUACUUUUUACAAAAUUUAAAAAAAUUAUGCCAUUUAUUUUUUUACUCUUGGCUAUUUUACAUGCUUCGUCUUUUAAAGAAUUGCUUUCGUAG